AUGUUCGAAUACUACUUGAGACUGCCCUUUUGGGCGCAAGUAGUGGUAGCGAGCUUGAUCAUGAAUCCCGCGUGGUAUGAGUACCAAAAAUGGAGAGACUCGAGGGACAACUGCAAAUGUGCAUUCUGUACCAAAUUUACGGAAAAACAUAAGAUCCGCCUACAAGAGCUUCGCGAGGCUGGACAUGCCGUAAAGAUGCCACCGGGAUAUUAUACUGUCGAUUAUACUCCCGCAUCAGCGUCGUUGAAGGAUGAGGAGGUUGAGCUGGAAUUUGAGAACGCUUUUCGGAAGAUGAGGUACACUUGGCGCGAAGAACAGGACUCCAAGCUUCUACAGAAUGGCAAAAAGGCCCUACGACAAGCACUCGAGAAGUUAAAGGCAGCCGUUACCAAAUAG